AUGGCCUCAUCCUCUCAGCUCGAAUUUGUGACCGUGGACGUGUUCACGUCCCAGCCAUACGGCGGCAAUCCGCUGGCCAUCGUUCGCAUCCCGCACGACCGGACACUAACUCAGGAACAAAAGCAAACCAUCGCGCGAGAGUUCAACCUAUCAGAGACCACCUUCUUACACGAGAAUGCGGAUGGUGCGACGGAGGACAAAUGGACCGUCGAUAUCUUCAUGACAUCGCAGGAACUACCGUUUGCGGGUCACCCGACCGUAGGCACUGCGUGUUAUGCUUUAGAGAGGACGGCUCGGGAGCGUGGUAUCCACAGCGGCGUCAUGGAAGCGAGCUUCAGCCUUAAAGCCGGAGAUGUUGGAUUGCGGUACGACUGCGGCAAGAUGACGGCAAAGGCUUCCAUUCCUCAUGACGUUCAUAUCCACGAGAAGAGAUACACCAAGGACGAGCUGUUCGCACUACAGCCUCGAUUAGCAGAAGCUCAUCAGGAAGGCAAGGUCGGGGUCAAAGACGACUUUGCUAUUGUCUCAAUUGUCAAAGGUAUGACCUUUGUUCUAGUCGAACUGGAGAGUGAAGAGGCCCUGGGUAUGGUAUCGCUAGCUGGCCAGUCUCUCAAAAUCCAAGGCCUGGAUCAAGGCUGGGACCAGACGUUCAUCGGGACAUAUUUCUUUGUUCGGACGGGAAAAAGCAACGAGGGCGUGACCAGAGUAAGGACCAGGAUGAUCGAGGGUCCAUUGGAAGAUCCGGCCACUGGUAGCGCCGCCAGCGAUUUGGCAGCAUAUCUUUCGUUGACAGCAGGAAGAGAAUCUAAGACGCUCAAGUACGAAAUUAUUCAGGGCGUAGAGAUGGGCAGAAGAAGCGAGAUCUUCAUCGAAGUCGAGAUGACCGAGGACGGAGCUGUAUCGCAGCUGUUUCUCGAAGGCGGCGCGGUGCAGGUAAUGGAGGGCCGAUUGACCAUCUGA